UCUAGACCCUGGAGGGCUAAACAUUUAACAAGCUGGGGGCAAAGGUGAGCUGUACAAGAUGUGCCUUCAGAGACCGAUUCUCAGAGCAAGCCACUAAUAGCUCCAGCAAUGGAGGGACUGUGGACUUGUCUCCUCUACCUCUAUGGACUCAUUAUGGAUGCUGUUUCCCUCUGUGAGAAUCCAGUGAAGUUGCAUGCUAAUGAGCUGAACCGAGAACAGUAUCUUGGCAGGUGGCUCUUCAUCGCUGCCGCAGCGGCAUCCCCAUCAUCACUGGAGACGUUUGCCCACGUUGACAGCACCCUGUUUAGUAUGAAUCAGAGCGAGAGCCCAGAGAAGUUGCAUCUACGGGCUGCCAUCCGACUGAAAACAGGUCAAUGUGUUCCUAAAUCGUGGAAUUAUUUGCUUCAAGAAGAAAGUGCUGAUUUGGCUACCGAAGGUCGGCCUCAUAUGAGGACAGAAUUGUUCUCCGCCAAGUGUCCCAAUACCAUCAUUGUCCAGGAAACAGAUCAAGAUUAUCAAAGGAUCCUUUUCUACUCCCGGAUCCUUCAUCCUGCAGAAGGCUGCCUUGCUGAUUUCUGGAACAAAGCUUCCUGCCUUGACAUGAAUGAAUUCCUCCUUAUACCCAGAACUCAAGAUGCUUGUGAAUUCCAAGAAACCUGACCUCUAACUCUUGGUUUCAAAUCCAGCACGGCAGGAAUCAAUCACCCUUCGAAGCCGACUUGCCUCAUCUGCCUGGAGAAGCAGUUGCUUGUAAUCUUAAAUAAAACUUAUUUUCUAAU